UGAAAAGGCCUGCUGUUUCAGAAUGAGGGGGGCUGUAGCUGUGCUGGUAUUGCUGUUCUGUCUGUCUGGAACAUGGGCUCAGCAAGAGAGUGGAGAGGUCAGAGAGAAUGACACUACAGAGACCACCCAACCUGAUAACUGGGCUGAGCUGAGAGCUCUGAGAGACAUGAUGGUGGAACCGAGAGUGGAGUUCCACAAGAACACAGUUGAAGAACUGAAGAGAGAGAACGUGUCACAAGCAGCAGAGCUGUCCACCAUGGGGGAGGGACUGAAUGCCAGGGAGGGGAAGGUGGAGGAGCUGAAGAGAGAGAAUGCAAAGUUGUGGACUAGACUGGCACGCGUCGAGGCGAAGAACCAAGACCAAGAUGCAGAGCUGUUCAAACUGGAGGCCAGACUGAGUUCCAGUGAGCAGGAGGUGGAUGAGCUGAAGAGAGAGAACACAGACAGACCAAAGGUAGCCUUCUCUGCUGCUUUAGGCCGUCCAGUGGGACCCUUCAAUACUUUUGUCACACUAGUGUACAACAAUGUCAUCACUAACAUUGGUAAUGCCUACAGCCCAGUUACAGGGGCCUUCACAGCACCAGUGAGAGGUGUCUACUACAUCAGAUUCACUGGUAUGGACAACCGCAUCUCACAAAGGGUGGGUGUAUCCAUGAAAAAGAAUGGCAAGUACUAUAUAAUGUGGGCAGGUCAGAAGAAUUUAGGAGAUUAUCAGUAUGUAUCCAAUGCAGUGAUUCUAGAGCUGGAGGAAAGGGAUGUGAUCAAUAUGGAACUUGAUGCAGGCUUUAGGCUCUAUGAUGAUCACGAUAAACACAGUAUCUUCAGUGUCUUUCUGCUCUUCCCUAUGUGAGAGGAACAACACGAAAAGCUGACAUGCAAUCAGAUUAAAUGUAGUCUUUCUCUUGAUUCUUUGGCUGUCACACUGAAUUUAAACUCUGUGGAUUCCUGAAUUGUACAAUAAAGGCUUGUUAAAUCGGA